AUGAUCGAGAGGUUACACGGGUUCCAGAAGGAGCUGGCGCGGCGCUUGGGUCAAGAUCACGUGGACCGAGAACUCAAGACGGCUCUCUCAGAAGCCGAAAAGAAGUUUGAACAAGUCGAGGAUCUGCGCACUCGUGAAUCGUCCGCCGCCCAACAGCAAGUGGAAGCGAUGACUUCGCGCCUGGCUGUUACGAAACAGAAUUUAGCUGGCGAUCUCCAAGCUGCAACAACCAAGGCAUCUAAGUACAAGAAACCCUUCCACAGAGUUGACAAGAAGCUUGACACGACCAGACUGGCGUUGGAAAACAUGUCGAAGACCCAUCAAGACUGCCCUGUGAACAAGAACUCGUAG